AUGUCAGCCCAUCGUCCCAUAACCAGAUCGAGGUCAAAGAAAUUGAGGAUGAAUGGUGGAGAUAAUGGAGCCCUGGAUCCUGCAUACGUGCCUCCCCCGCUCAACGUUCGCAAGGCGAACGCUUUGGUGAAUCCAUCGAAACAGCUUUUGGAUGUUGCCGCCAUUGGGCUGGCGGUCGGAAGUCCCAAGGAUAGCCCUCUGCCUCCACUGCCAAAAGAAACCCCACACCCAAAUCAAUUCGAUUUUCAAUUCCCGUCACCUAUCAAGAUCAAGGGACCAACUAAUAACGACGUCGUACAAGAUUCUACCAAGCACAACAAAUCGAGAAGUCACCGCUGGAAGACGUUUGGUGGCCUUUUCAGCAAAAACCAUGCGCCCACUCGAAGUGAAGAACGUCCCGCUCAUGGCACCGUUCAAAAAAUGCGCGCCGAGGAGUAUCACAAUAACCCAUCUCAAGGGACGCAGUCUGGUCGGAAGCGUGCAGGAUCCGACAAGGAGAAGGUCAUGGAGCAAAAUAAUCUCAUAGCUAACGGCGCGGUGACGCAAAAGAAAAGCCUGAUUAGGAGAGCAAGCUCAAAGCGAAAGGCUGUCAGGAGGAGGAACCCGAACGACGUAGCCAGAGCAGAUCGAAAUCGAUCUAAUAGAACUUCGGCUGUUUAUGGCAUCGGCAAUAAUCCAUCUAUUACUCGGCAUGCCCACGUGGCGAAGGCACUAGGAGAUUACUCGCUCCUUCAAGUGGAGAUUCCGAGUGUACAGCUAGAAAGAUAUAGCGUCAUGUUUGGGAAUCUUUUGCAGGGAACUCCAAAUGGUUCGAGGACCUCUUUGGCCAAGUCUAUACCAAAGAAGUUGGAAGGCUCCGGGGUAGCUACGAAGCCUUUGGAAGCGCCACCCAGCCUCGAAGAGCUGCCGAACCCCCAUCGACGAGACGGUUCGGGUUCAUCCACGUCAUCAAAAACCCCCUCUUUCUCGCUCUUUCCCUCGACCCAGACUUCAGGCAGAGGAUCUUCGCCUGCUCGAAGUAUUGUGAAUAAGCCUCUGCCUAAGCCCAGUCCGCUGAGCCGCUCCGUCACUGCACCGGAGGGCAACGUAUGUCUCCCUCCUCGUCCGCCAUUCAAGCCAGCCAUGAGCGAAGAUACAGCCCCUGUGCUCCUCCCAGCCCCCGGUAAAGAGAAUAUUCCUGUCUCAAAAUGGAGCACCAGCCAUAGUCGCGAAAACAGUCAGAACUCCCUGCGUGGCCGUCAGAACAGUGUCGACCCUUCGAAUCGCCCAUACGGUCAUGUCGCUAGGCAAAGUCUUGAUAAUUCUCACCGCCCUCCAACGUCUCAUUACCGAAAAUCAAGUGCGGAUCGACCGCUACCAGAGCCUGAUAAUCGUCAACAUCGAGGGGCUCUCUUGAAUGGAUACGAUCCUCUUUCCGCAAAUCCGACUACCAUGACAACUUCCGCAAAACCGUCCUCAAAUGACCAAGAAGGUCGGGAUGGCCAUUCUAAAAAUGCCUUUAUGCACCGCGCUUUUCCAACAAGGAAAUCGAGUCUCAAACGCCCAAAGGCGAGGGAACGUUCGAAUACACGGGAGGAAGGUACUUCCACCCCCCAAGAGCAUUUGGGGGAGCACAACCGACAGCACUUACCUCCUCCGCUAGUCGUAGAUGGAGGGUUCGUGCUUCCCGACAGCGAAUCCGAUAGCAAGGCCCUGGAGACGGGCAACGCGGCUGAAGUCAGCAUUGCGCGGCAGAUUUCGAUAUCGAGGCGGCAGAAGCAGUUGCUUGUGCCUGUAGUGGCGAAGACGGCCAGGCAGCCGUUGCAACCGCACGUAGUGGAUGGCACGGAAGGGAGGCGGAGCGAGUUGGUGAUGUUCGAGGAUGCUUGA